AUGGCUUUCACUGCCACGCUCCGCCCGCGCUGCACCCUGCAGCUGGCCACGAGCCCCCGCCGUCCCAACCCACGACGACUCGCCGCGCCGCCGCCGCCGACGACGCCGACGCCUAGCACAACGGCCCCGGUCGCCGCCAUGUGGAGGCAGGUCCAGGGCUCCGGCGACUGGGAUGGCCUGCUGCAGCCGCUGCACCCGGUGCUGCGCGACGAGGUGGCGCGGUAUGGGGGCCUCGUCGGCGCCUGCUACGACGCGCUCGACAUGGACCGCGCGUCGGCGGGGUACAUGCGCUGCAAGUACCGCAAGCAGCGGUUGCUCGAGGAGGCCAGCGGCGGCGCGGGGUACGAGGUGACGAAGUACAUCUACGCGGCGCCGGACGUGGCCGUGCCGGUGCCUGGCGCCGCCACUCCCCUGCAGGCCGCGGGCGCGUGGGUCGGCUACGUCGCGGUGUCCACCGACGAGAUGACCCGGCGGCUCGGGCGGCGCGACGUGCUCGUCUCGUUCCGCGGCACGGUGACGCCGGCGGAGUGGACGGCCAACCUCAUGAGCCUGCUCCGCCCGGCGCGCCUGGACGCGCGCCGCCCGCGCCCCGACGUCAAGGUCGAGUCGGGCUUCCUCAACCUCUACACCUCGCCGGCAUCGGACGGCCGCACCGGGAGGAGCUGCCGGGAGCAGCUGCUCGGCGAGGUGUCCCGCCUCCUCGCGUCACGCGCCGGGGACGACGGCGAGGACGUCAGCGUCACCCUCGCCGGCCACAGCAUGGGCGCCGCCCUCGCGCUGCUCCUCGGCUACGACCUCGCCGAGCUCGGCCUCAACCGCCGCGGCCGCGGUGGCCGCCGGAUCCCCGUCUCCGUCUUCUCCUUCGGCGGGCCCCGCGUCGGAAACGCCGCCUUCAAGGCGCGCUGCGACGCGCUCGGCGUCAAGGCGCUGCGCGUCGCCAACGUGCGCGACCCGGUGACCUGCGUCCCCGGCGCCCUCCUCAACGAGCGCACCGGGGAGCUCCUCGGCGGCUGGGCCGGCGGCGCCUGCUACGUGCACGUCGGCGUCGAGCUCGCGCUCGACUUCGCCAGCCUCCGCGACCUGGGGAGCGUGCACGACCUCGGGGCGUACCGUGCUCCAGCUCUGGUCACUCCUCCGCCCAUCCCUCCUCCCAUGUCUCCAACAUCGUGA